GCGACUCCUAAUUUCGCCCACUUGGGUAGCAUACGAACCACAGCAGGAUACAUGAAGGAAGGAAACGCCUUCAACUCGGCCGAGGCAGGACCGUCAAGGCCUCUCUAUAACCCCCACAGAGCAUGGUCAGCAGAUGAGGUCGAUACAGCCAUCCAGACGUCUUAUGGAGAUGUCGAGGGCAAGAACGGUUUAGCUAAGGGUUCUCUUCCAACGCCACAUUCUCAUUCCACAUCUCGUGUCUCGCCUUCAGCCACUCUUCUACGCAAACCACACCUAGCUAUCGAUCUCCCUUUACACAUGUCUGCGUCGGAAAUAUUCAUCCCCCCUGUUCCCUCCAGCCAUGAGCAAUCAUCCGGGGACAAGCCGAGCACUUACUCAAGCUUACCGCCAUCACCGACGAGUGAAUUCCUGAGUACACCUAAAAGAAAGACUCUCGACCGAGAUGAACUAGAGGAAAUAUUGGAUCAGCUUGGAAACACAAGUACGCGAAGCGACGUUGAUUACGAAGUUGAUGAGGGCGACGCAACGGAUGUCGAGGAAUGGUGGCCUGCUAGAUCGAGAAGACCGACGAUAGGCGAAGAAGACCGGCCUGACCAGGGAUAUAGGUCUACUUCUGGGCCGAUGUCGCCCAAUUCUCCGGUCUCUGCUACCGCAGCGGAAUGUGACAGCCCCGAAGGGGAUGAAGGUAAAGAGAGCUCUAAAGAGAUUUCCGGAAUAUGGGAAUUGUUGAAGGAUGAAAUGGGUGCUGAGGAUUGGGAAGGGUGGAUCGCUGAUGGAAAAUGGGAACGAAUCGCCAACUUCCUCGCAGUUCCUCUGGCUGUAGAAAAAACAACUCUUUUUGGGGCUCUUCUAUGCUUAGAUGGUUUCCUGUAUAAUUUCACCGUGCUUCCUAUUCGGUCUAGCUUUGCCCUCGCGCGAAUUUUAUCAAACUUCUUUCGUAAUCGACCUUGGCGGCCGGUGCCUAUUGCUCAUCUCAACUCGAUCCUGAGGAUGCUCCUGCUCGUGAUACCUACAGGUGUGCUGCUAGCUAGUACGGACGCUAGUAAGAUGUAUCAUACCGUGAGGGGCCAAGAUACUAUCAAGCUCUAUGUCAUCUUUAAUGCCCUGGAAAUCGGCGAUAGGCUUUGUUGCGCCUUUGGACAAGAUGUUUUAGACACUUUGUUCGCAAGAGAGACUCUCUCACCGAGUGUGAGGAAACGCGGAAAAGGCCGUAAGCGUCAGCAGGCCAGGCCGGUGUUCUUCUUUGCUUUAUCAUUGGGCUAUGUCUUGACGCACUCUCUCAUUUUCUUUUACAUGCUUGUUUCGCUCAACGUUGCCAUUAAUUCUUACGACUAUACGCUCUUGUCGCUCCUGAUAAGUAAUCAGUUUGUAGAGAUCAAAGGCUCUGUAUUCAAGAAGUUUGAAAAGGAGAAUCUCUUUCAGAUCAUGUGUGCCGACAUUGUCGAACGCUUCCAGCUGAGUCUAAUGCUGGCCGUGAUUGCGAUCCGCAACAUGAUCGAAAUGUCCGGAUCUGAAAUUGCAUUCUUGCCAAAAAGCUUUAUGAAGGGCAAAAGUCUUGUGGACUCCAUCUUAUCACCUGUCCUUUUCGUGAUCAUGUCAGAGAUGGUGGUAGACUGGGUGAAGCACGCCUUCAUAUCAAAAUUCAAUCACGUUCGAGCGUCAGUCUACGAGAGAUUCACGGACGUCUUGGCCAAAGAUGUCCUUCUAGCUGGUUCCAUUACUUCAUCCCCGUCUCGUCGCCACCGAGACGGCAAAAGCAGGAAUCACCGUAUUUUGCUCGAUCAAUCACCGUUGGUCGCGCGGCGUCUUGGCUUUGCCUCGAUCCCUCUAGCGUGUUUGGUGCUGCGGAUCUCCUGGCAAGCAAUAGGGAUGCUGACCAUGUCGCACUCGCACGCGGAAGAGUCGGAAUUUGGCAAUGGAGGGGAAGAAGGACUAUGGGGUACGGUGUGGUGGGGUUUGAAGGUCGCUAGUUGGAUCGGAGUGGGAAUUUGUUCGUGGGGAUGUUUAAUGUUCCUCAAAAUCAUACUUGGGUUAUCUCUCUUGGGUUUCUCGGCAAUGCGUCAAGAAGGAAUGGACGAGAGAGAGGCGGAAGAUAGCGUUAAUGACUAUGGCAGAUCAGCAGUCGGAGAAAGCAAAGAAGAAACUGAAUACAACCGUCAAACUAGAGAAUACCUCUCCAAAGCGGCAGAUGAUUUGCCAGAUUAUCCUUCGCUUUCUUCGUCCAUAUCACAGGGAGGCGUGUCCUUGCCUGAUACGAAGGUCUCUCAUAAACACUCGGGGGCUCAACAAGGAAAUGGCGAGAGUGACAAAGACCUGGAUAAAGGCAUACCAAAGACGGACGGAGGAAAAAAGGGCAAGAAAUGGAAGCUUGAAGAGGUCGAGCGGUGGACGAUGGUAAAACGCAUUUGGUAGCUUAUCCGUUGCUUCUUUCUUUUGUAGCUGUACCCAUAAUCUUCGCGUGUACCGGAGCUUUUGCAUUAGUGUCCCUUUCCCACACAAUUACAGUCCACGGUUUACAAAUGAUACAUCUUAU